AUGGCUUUUUACGAUCACGAGAAAGAUCCGGGAUGGCAAUAUUUGCGGCGAUCUCGAGAAGAAAUGCUAAAGGAUCAAUCAAUCCCGUAUGAUUCGAAGAAAAACGUUUGGGUGCCCGACGCGGAAGAUGGUUUCGUCGCCGCUGAGAUCAAUGCCACUAAAGGCGAUUCGGUUACUGUGACCACCUGUAAAGGGAAUCAACAAACCUUUAAAAAAGAUGCCCUUCAAGAGAUGAAUCCACCGAAAUUCGAGAAAACCGAAGACAUGUCGAAUCUUUCGUUUCUCAACGACGCUUCCGUUCUUCACAAUCUGCGAGCUCGUUAUGCAAGCAUGCUCAUCUAUACUUAUUCCGGUCUUUUCUGUGUGGUCAUCAAUCCAUACAAACGUCUUCCGAUCUACACAGAAUCUGUCGCCAACAUGUACAUGGGAAAAAGAAGAAACGAGAUGCCUCCUCAUCUUUUUGCCGUCUCAGAUGAAGCUUAUCGUAAUAUGUUACUCGAUCAUGCAAAUCAAUCAAUGCUGAUCACGGGAGAAUCGGGAGCUGGCAAGACAGAGAACACUAAAAAGGUAAUCGCCUACUUUGCGGCUGUCGGUCAACGCCAAACUGAGGCCGAGGGAGUAAAGGUUGAUGCGCAAAAAGUGACGCUCGAGGAUCAAAUCGUUCGCACGAAUCCCGUCCUUGAAGCUUUCGGAAAUGCGAAAACUGUACGCAACAAUAACUCGUCUCGUUUCGGGAAAUUCAUUCGCAUUCAUUUCUCGCGCAGUGGAAGAGUAGCCUCGUGUGAUAUCGAGCAUUAUCUCUUGGAGAAAUCGCGAGUGAUUCGACAGGCACCAGGAGAAAGAUGCUAUCACAUUUUCUACCAAAUCUUCUCCGGCUAUAAACCGUCACUCACGAAAGAGCUUCUCCUCGAUAAACCCGUCUCAAAUUAUUGGUUUGUCGCUCAAGCUGAAUUGACGAUUGAUGGAGUGGAUGAUCGAGAGGAAUUCCAAAUGACCGAUGAAUCAUUCGAUAUUCUUAAUUUCUCAGCCGCUGAGAAGAUGAACUGUUUCCGGAUCGUUUCAGCAAUGAUGCACAUGGGAAACAUGAAGUUCAAGCAAAGACCCCGCGAAGAACAAGCUGAGCCGGAUGCAACAGAUGAAGCCGAAAAAGUGGCGAAGAUGUUUGGCGUGGAUAUGGAACAAAUGCUGAGUGCUUUGUGUAAACCAAGAGUCAAGGUUGGAGCCGAAUGGGUGUCAAAGGGUCAAAAUGUGGAUCAAGUGAAUUGGGCGGUGGGCGCAAUGGCAAAAGGACUCUACAAUCGACUUUUCACUUGGAUUGUUCAAAUGUGCAAUAAAACUCUCGAUCAAAAAGGAAUCAAUAGAGAUUAUUUCAUUGGCGUUCUUGACAUCGCCGGCUUUGAGAUUUUCGAUUUAAACUCUUUCGAGCAAUUGUGGAUUAAUUUCGUGAAUGAGAAGCUGCAACAAUUUUUCAACCAUCACAUGUUUGUGCUUGAACAAGAAGAAUAUCAACGAGAGGGAAUCGCCUGGACUUUCAUCGAUUUCGGUUUAGAUCUUCAGGCUUGCAUUGAGCUUAUCGAGAAGCCGCUUGGUAUUAUCUCAAUGUUGGAUGAGGAAUGCAUCGUUCCCAAGGCCACCGAUAUGACUUUAGCACAAAAGUUAUGCGAUCAACACCUUGGAAAACAUUCGAACUUUGAGAAACCAAAGCCGCCAAAGGGAAAACAAGCUGAGGCUCAUUUCGCGAUGAAACAUUAUGCGGGAACGGUGAGGUACAAUGUGACGAAUUGGUUGGAAAAGAACAAAGAUCCGCUGAAUGACUCAUUUGUGUCCAUUUUGAAGCACUCAAAUGGGAAUGAGUUGCUGCAAGUGCUUUGGGAGGAUUACACAACGCAAGAAGAGGCAGCCAAUGCGGCCAAAGAUGGGACAGGCGGGAAGAAAAAGGGUAAAUCAGGCUCAUUCAUGACUGUCUCGAUGCUGUACAGAGAAUCAUUGAACAAUUUGAUGAGCAUGCUGAACAAAACGCAUCCACAUUUCAUUCGAUGCAUCAUUCCGAAUGAAAAGAAACAAUCGGGGUUGAUCGAUGCGGCUUUGGUGCUCAAUCAGUUGACGUGCAAUGGAGUACUCGAAGGGAUUCGUAUUUGCCGAAAGGGCUAUCCAAAUCGAUGUCAACAUCUGGAUUUUCGUCAACGCUACGCCGUUCUUGCCGCCCAGGAGGCGAAGGCGCACGAUGAGCCAAAGAAAUGCGCCGAAGCGAUGAUGUCUCGAAUGGUUGAGGAUCGAGCCGUCAAAGAGGAAGAGUUCAAGAUCGGCAAAACGAAAGUUUUCUUCAAAGCUGGCGUUCUUGCGCAUCUUGAAGAUCUCCGCGAUGAGAAGCUCGGCAUUGUGCUCACUAAUUUUCAGGCCUCUAUUCGAUGGUAUCUCGGAUUGGCCGAUCGUCGCCGCCGCAUGACCCAACGUGCCGGUCUUCUCGUUCUCCAAAGAAACAUUCGCACUUGGACUGUUGUCAGAACGUGGAACUGGUAUCUCCUUUUUGGAAAGAUUCGUCCGAUGCUUAAAGUCGGAAAAGAGGGUGAAGAAGUGGAGAAAUUGAAUGAGAAACUGAAAGAAAUGGAAGAAAAAGUGGUUGUCGAAGAAGGGAAUCGCAAGAAAAAAGAGGUAGAAAACGCGAAAUUGAUCGAGGAAAAGAAUCAACUCUUCGCUGAACUUGAGAAUAUAAAAGGAUCGGCGAAUGGAGUUGAAGAAAGGGUGGCGAAGCUACAGGCAUUGUAUCACGACGCGAAGAAACAAUUGACCGAGCUCGAGGAUCAACUCGUGGAUCAAGAAGAAAGAAAUGGUGAUGUGCAGAGAGCAAGGAAAAAGGUGGAGAACGAUUUGGAGAAUUUGAGGAGACAAAUCGCGGAUAUUGAGGGAAAGCUGACAGCGAUUGAGCAAGAGAAGAGUGCAAAAGAUCAAGCAGUUCGAUCAUUGCAAGAUGAGAUGGGAAAUCAAGAUGAAUGUAUCGCCCGAUUGAACAAAGAAAAGAAAGCGCUUGAGGAAGCAAAUCGGAAAUUGAUUGAGGAUUUGCAAGGAGAAGAAGACAAGAACAAUAUGACGACAAAGUCAAAAGGGAAACUCGAGAGAGCGUUGGAUGAUCUCGAGGAUGCGUUGGAAAGAGAGAAAAGAGCAAGAUCCGAUAUUGAGAAACAGAAGAGGAAAAUUGAAGGUGAGCUGUCAGUGACAAUGGAAAAGAUUGAAGAAGUUGCCCGGCUGAGAGCCGAUUUGGAGACACAUUUGAAAAGAAAAGAAGCCGAACAGCAAACGGUUCAAUCGAAAUUCGAAGAAGAGCAAUCGAUCGUUGCGAAAUUGCAACGACAAAUCAAAGAUGGUUUGGUAAAGAUUUCCGAAUUAGAAGAUGAGGUAGAGAAUGAGCGACAAUCGAGAGCAAGAUCAGAACGAGCGAAAGCCGAUUUGCAAAGAGAAUUGGAUCAAGUAAACGAUCGAAUUGAUGAAGCUGGCGGGGCAACGGCUGCACAAAUCGAGAUCAAUCGGAAAAGAGAAGCCGAAUUGGCGAAAUUGCGGCAUCAAUUGGAGGAACUCAAUCAAAAUCACGAGAAUCAAUUGGCUGCAUUGCGUAAGAAACACACCGAUUCUGUUUCUACACUCACCGAGCAACUCGAUGAGAAUCAGAAAGCGAAAGUGAAAGCUGAACGAGAUCGAGUGUCGGCUUUGCACGAUGUUGACACGAUUCAAGCGGAGAUCGACUCUGAGACAUCGGCUCGAAUGCACAAUGAGAAGUUGGCUAAACAAUUGGAGAUUCAGGUGCACGAGAUGCAAUCGAAAGCCGACGAACAAAUGCGACAAUUGGCUGAGUUGCAGUCGGUGAAGAGUCGACUGAAUGCAGCGAAUGGAGAUCUGGGGAAACAGAUUGAAGACGCUGAAUCGCAACUCUCGCAAGUCACCCGAUCAAAGGCGCAAUUGCAGGGACAACUCGAAGAAGCGAGAAGAACAGCCGACGAAGAAGCUAGAGAGAAACAACAUUAUGCAGCACAGGCAAGAAAUCAUGAAUUGGAAGCAAAUCAACUGAGAGAACAAAUCGAAGAGGAGGCUGAGAAUAAAAAUGAAUUGCUUCGGCAAUUGUCGAAAGUGAAUGGUGAGAUUCAAGGGUGGAAAUCGAAACUUGAGAGUGAGGGUUUAUUGAAAUCGGAUGAGUUGGAAGAAGUGCGGAGACGACAACAACAGAAGAUUAACGAUUUGCAAGGAGUUUACGAUCAAGCAAUGUCAAAAGUGACAUCACUCGAGAAGACAAAAGCUCGUUUAGCAUCGGAUCUCGAAGAAGCACAAUCCGAUGUUGAAAGAGCAAACAAUUAUGUAGGACAACUCGAGAAAACACAAAAAGGUUUCGAUAAACAAAUCGACGAUUGGCGUCGGAAAAGCGAGGAGUUGAAUGGAGAGCUGGAGAUGGCACAAAGAGAUGCAAGGAAUGCUGUGACUGAUCUAUUGAAAGCAAAGAAUGGACAAGAUGAGUUACAGGCGGCAGCUGAUGAGUUAAGAAGAGAAAAUGGAGGAUUAGCUGUAGAGGUUCGCGAUCUUCAACAUCAACUGGCUGAUGGAGGACGAUCGGUACAAGAAAUGCAGAGAAUCAUGAGGACACUCGAGUUAGAAAAAGAGGAACUACAACAUGCCGUCGAUGAGGCUGAAGCGGCAUUGGAGGCUGAGGAAAGCAAGGUACUCCGUGCCCAGGUCGAAGUAUCUCAAAUUCGUGCGGAGAUUGAGAAAAGAUUAACAGAAAAGGAUGAAGAGUUUGAGAAUACACGCAAAAAUCAUCAAAGAGCAAUGGAAAGUAUGCAGCAAUCGUUGGAAAAUGAACAAAAAGCAAAGACUGAAUUGGGAAGAUUGAAGAAGAAAUUGGAGUCUGAUGUGACCGAAUUGGAAUUAGCGCUCGAUCACGCGAAUCAAGCAAACGCUGAAGCAUUGAGAAAUCUGAAAAAGCAUCAAGAUCAACUAAUUGAAUUGCAAAGACAGGUGGAAGAAGAGCAACGUUCUCGAGAUGAGCUACGAGAGCAAUAUUUCAAUGUUGAGAAGAAAGUGACACUGUUGCAAGCUGAAAAAGAAGAGCUCACCGUGGCUCAUGAUGCAGCUGUGAGAGCAAGAAGACAAGCUGAGAAUGAAGCGCACGAAUGUAGGCAACAGGCCGACGAAUUCUCGGCUCAGCUCAACUCGCUGCAAAAUGUUAAACGUAAACUGGAGGGAGAAAUACAAGCUCUUCACGGUGAUUUGGAUGAAACGCUGAGCGAGUUUAAAGCAGCUGACGAAAAUGCGAAUCGAGCGAUCGCUGAUGCACAACGAUUGGCUGAUCAACUGAGAAAUGAAAGUGAACAUUGUGGCUCUUUGGAUCGAGCCAAGAAAUCGCUUGAACAACAGCUUCGCGACUUGCAGACUCGUCUCGAUGAGGCUGAAGCGGCAGCUCUUAAAGGAGGCAAAAAGUUGAUUGCACAACUCGAGAAAAGAGCGCACGAUUUGGAGCAAGAAAUGGAGGGCGAACAGAGGAGAUUCCAAUUAGCCACAAAAGAGCUCAAUAAACACGAUCGGAAAGGAAAAGAAUUGCAAUUUCAAAUUGAUGAGGACAAAAAGAAUUUCGAUCGUUUAAAUGAUUUGGUGGAGAAAUUGCAGAACAAAACAAGGCAACAGAAGAGAAAUAUUGAGGAAGCGGAAGAACAAGCGAAUACCUCUCUCUCGAAGUAUCGUCAAGUUCAACAUCAAUUGGAAGACGCUGAAGAAAGAGCUGAUUCAGCGGAGAAUAAUCUGUCAAAGAUGAGAGCCAAGAGUAGAGGAGGAUCGACUCUACAGGGCUCAGCUUCUGUGGCUGUCAUGCGUGCGCCAUCUCGCUCGAAAUUC